AUGGAAGACCCGUCGCCCGCAACCCCGCUGCAGAACGGGCGCGCUUCGAACGCCAAUCCCAAGCGUCGUUCCCUGCCCGCGUCCACGUCCGCUCCUCCCCGAGAGGGCCGCCCCCGCCGCUCGCCCAACCACAUCCGCCCAAACCCUGCGUCGCCCGAGGUCAUAUCGUCGCUGAUCGACUCCCUAUCCGCCAUUUCCCUGCCCGCACAGGACCACUUCGAGAGUCUGCCGCGCAUCGGCGCAGACGGCGAGAGCUACUCGGUCCCUGCGAGCCCGGUGGCAUGGCAGCCAGGGUUUCCAAACGGCAACCGGGGGUUUGGCGUCGAAUACGGGGUACAUAGGCAUCAACGGUGGGAGGAGGAAAGGCAGAAUGACCCGGACUUCGACGAGGCCGCGGAACCGCCGGUCAUUAAAACCGCCCCACCGCCUUCAGGCUAUUCGCCGGUUACCGCUCCGAAGGGGCACAAGCGCGACAGGGAAGGCAGUUCGCUCAAGAACUACAUCCUCUCCACCUCCAAGAGCUGUAGCUCGCUGAACUCGAAGCACUCGAGCACCAAGGAUGAUGCAAGCAGCAUCGCCAGCAGCAUAACCCGCGGUCUACGCCGCCACUCCACAAAUAGCCGGGCUUCGUUGGAAAGCAAGCGCAGCGCAACCAAAACACGCAGUCUGUGCUAUGCGAGCUCGCGCGAAAGACUGCGGAGCCGCGACAGCGACUCGAUUGGUCUCAGCAGCCCGCCGUCAGCCCUGUGGUCGCCCACCAAGAGUACCUCGGGCCCACCGAGCCCGAGAAAACGCUCUCUUCAGUCCUUGAGAGGCUCCAGGAUCGACGAGGCUCCUUGCGAAGAGCCUUCCACACCUCAACGGAAGUCCCGGUCCAAGCCGGCACCCAUCAACACCACUCCUGGUCCCGCCGAAUUGGAAGAGCGCGGCCCGAGAUGGCCUGAUGAUUCCAUCCCUUCAAGGACUUCAAGUCUCCGCCAUCAGUCUCAGAGUCCAGCCAAACACAGGCGCAUAAGCUCGAGAUCUCGGAGCAGGACGCAGUCCAAAACAAGGACCGUCAUUGAGGAAGACGAGCCAAUGGAGUUGUCGCCCGGGCCGCUGGGUAAGGGAAAAGAAAGAGAAAAUCCAGACGAGCCAGAGCACGAGGAAGACACUCAGGUGACCAGACGCAUCAAGGAGCUCAAGAGACAGAAAGAACUCCGGGACAGGGAAUUUGGAAACCUGCAACUCAACGUCAGCGGCGAUACCCAGGAGCCUUCCCGCCUGUCCACCACUAGCAUGCGAACUCCGCUUUCCCCCAUCACCCGUGCUCUAGAAUAUGAGGAGCAGCGGCCCAUCGAAGAGUCUCUUGCAAAGGCUCACAGAAUGCUUGGCCUUGCGCCAACCGAGAUACGACGCUCGUUGACGAGCCCCUUACCCCUAGGGGAUAGUGCACAUCCCGCUCAACCUGAACAAACUGGAGGACCAAAAAACAGCAUUGAUGAGGAACUCCCGAUAGACUACAAGCUCGCAUUGCAAUCACUAGGCCGGAGCGAGAGCGAGAACGCCGCAUUAAGUAAUCCGAGCCACCGCCUUUCGCUCUCAUCUAUGGGACGCAGCCACACCAUUGCGGGCCGUCCCUCGGCUGGUAGCAGUAGCAACUCAGCCAUGAUGCAAGACCGCAACAAGAGGUCUCUGGAGGAGGCAGCGCAGAAACUGGACCUGCACAUUAACUUCGAUAGCUCGACGGAAUCUCGAGCACCUUCCCGAGCGGCCAGUACCGAGUCGGCGCCUUGCUCAAGGCAGUCGCUCUUUAUACCGCCGGCGGCAGAUUUAAAACGGUCCAGCUCGAGCACUAAUGCCAAAAAGAAGCGGUGGUCGCACCCAGACAUCCCCUUGAAGGUUGAACAGAAACACAAUGCAAAAGUGGAUCAGGUAAAGAGAGACUCGAUGCAGGUUAAAUCACCACUCAAGUCGCCGCAGGUCCCUGAAGCCGUUAUUGAGGAGCCUCUUCGCCCAACCAGUGGGGACUCGAUUGAUGACGAUGUCGAUGCCUUCUUGUAUUCGCCACGCCUGACGCAGAAGGUACGCGAACCGAGCACCGGAAGAACGAUUUGCUUUUCUGAGGUCGGCGAUCCCAAUGGCUUCGCGAUUUUUGUCUGUGUUGGAAUGGGAUUGACUCGCUACGUUACCGCUUUCUACGAUGAGUUGGCAACAACCCUCAAGCUGAGAUUGAUCACUCCGGAUCGACCGGGCGUAGGGGAGUCUCAAUCCGAUCCCCACGGAACGCCUCUUAGUUGGCCGGAUGACGUUCUCUGCAUUUGCCAGGCGCUCAAGAUCACUAAGUUCUCGAUCAUGGCACAUUCAGCUGGUGCGAUCUACGCACUAGCAACAGCACUACGCAUGCCGCAACACAUCCGCGGCCGCGUGCAUCUUCUCGCCCCAUGGAUUCCUCCAUCACAGAUGACUGCAGUCGGUCUCCCUGUAAACGCACAGACGCCUGAGCGCCAGCUCCCAAGGUCGCAGCGCCUAUUGCGCGUUCUCCCAACUCCGCUGUUGAAAGUGGCCAACUCUAGUUUCAUGAGCGCAACUUCGGCUAGCAUUACAAGAAGUGUACCGAAGUCACCUCAACGGGUCAAGCGCAAGAGUUUUGUUGCAGCCCAACAGGCCCCGGCAGCCCGUGUCUCGGUUGCGGGAAACAAGAACCGGGAGUCUAUGAUGUUGAUGGACCGUGUAUUACCCAACGGCAGCGCCCUUGAGGUAGCCGCCAACGACCCAGCCGAUCCGAACCACCAAGUGGCUGCGCAGGCGAAGGCUGCUAUGACGCUGGUGGAGCAAGAACGGCGUCGGGAAUACGACACGAGGCUCACUCUAUCGGUGUGGGAUCUGGCAACUACAAACGCAAACCCGGCUGUCGACUUGCUCGUAUGUCUCGAGCGUACACAGCAGAUUGGGUUCCGCUAUGUGGACAUCACUCGAGCUGUUGUGAUUCACCACGGCAGCCGGGACACACGUGUACCGGUUGAGAACGUCAAAUGGCUCGGCCGCACGAUGAAGCGCUGCGAGGUCCGGAUCCUCGAGGGCGAGAACCAUGGUCUCAUGGCCAGCGCGGUAGUCAUGGGCAAUGUGCUCACCGAGAUGGCAAGGGAAUGGGAGGACUGGACGGCGGUGGUCAAGGAAAGCCGCAGCCGCGACAAUCUGCGAGCGCAAUUCAGUAAUGGUUCAUGA